UGCAGAGCGCGCUCACCCUUUUCCCUUUGCGGCGUGCGCAAACAAGUGGGUAUCGGAAGAAGAAGAAGAGUAUGGACGGCAAGCCGGCGAUGAGGCCGCCCCGCCGCCCGCCGCUGCCAUCGUCCAAAAGGAGCGCCGUGUGGCUCGUCGGGCUGCUCGUGGCGCUCUGCUUCUUCACCCUGCCGCUCCUCCUCGCGCUUUCCCGCGGACGGCCCAACCUGUCCGACGUCUCGAAGAUGAGCAUCAGCGUCACCGCGCGCCACGAGGAUGAAACGUCGACACAAGCAGAGGCUAAUUCGGACCCGGCGGCUCCGGGCAUCCGUGAGCAGCGUGACAGGGACAGGCUCCUAGGCGGGCUCCUCUCGCCGGACAUCAGCGAGAGCACCUGCCACAGCCGGUACAGGUCCUCCCUCCACCGCAAGGCGCCGUCGCCGCACUCGCCGUCGCCGUACCUGGUGUCCCGGCUCCGCAAGUACGAGGCGCUCCACCGCAAGUGCGGGCCGGGCACGCUCUUCUACAAGAAGUCCCUGAUGCAGCUCACCUCCGCGCACAGCAUGGGCCUCGUCGACUGCAACUACCUCGUGUGGGCGCCCUCCAGCCACCUCGGCGACCGCGUGCUCUCCAUGGCGUCCGCCUUCCUCUACGCGCUGCUCACCCGCCGCGUCUUCCUCGUCCACGUCACCGGCGACAUGGCCGGCCUCUUCUGCGAGCCCUUCCCGGGCGCGUCGUGGGAGCUCCCCUCGGGCUUCCUCGUCCCAAACCUCACGCAGCUCCACCGCGGCAGCGACAGCAGCUACGGGAACCUCCUCAGGGCCAACAAGGUCCCCGCGGGGGUGCGCGGCGAGUCGCUGCCGUCCUACGCGUACGUCCACCUUGAGCACGACCACCAGCAGCCCGACCAGCUCUUCUUCUGCGAUGACGACCAGACCGUGUUGUCCAAAGUGAACUGGCUCAUCCUGCGCUCAAACCUCUAUUUCACGCCGGGCUUGUUCCUCGUGCCGCAGUUCGAAGACGAGCUCCGUUGGAUGUUCCCGGCGAGGAGCACCACGUUCCACCACAUCGGGAGGUACCUCUUCCACCCGUCCAACAAGGUGUGGGAUGUCAUCACGAGGUACCACGCGUCCUACAUGGCCAGCUACCAAGAGAAGAUCGGGCUUGAGAUCACCACCUUCGCCUGGAACCCCGUGCCGCCCGACGAGUACUUGAAGCAGAUCACGGCCUGCACGAGCCAGGAGAAGAUUCUGCCCGACGUCGUUGAUCCCGCCUCGAGCGUUGCCCAUGAGGAGGUCUCGGCGGCGUCGAAGGCGGUGCUCGUCAGCUCCGCGCAGCCGGAGUACGCCGAGAAGCUCAAGUCCAUGUACUACGAGCACGGGACCGUCACCGGCGAGACCGUCGGCGUGCUGCAACCUGGCGCCGGGAAGCUGCCGAAAAACGAGAAGGCGCUGGUGGAGAUGUUCCUGCAGAGCUUCUGCGACGUGUCGGUGGUGAGCGGCUGGUCCACCGUGGGUUACGUUGGCCACGGCCUCGCCGGCAUCAAGCCGUGGCUGCUGUUGCCGCCGAGUAACAAGACCGCGGUCGAUCCUCCCUGCGUCCAGGCAGCGUCCAUGGACCCGUGCUUCCACGCGCCUCCGAGUUAUGACUGCAGGGCCAAGAAGAAUGGGGACCUCGGUGCCGUUCUCCGGCAUGUCAGGCAUUGUGAAGAUGUCGGCAGUGGCCUCAAACUGUUUGAUUGAUUUUGGUGCGGUUUGGUCAGAUCAUGCAACGGUUCAACGAGUUGAGCAGGACAGAAUUGCAGGGUAAUUCAAUGAUGUUUGAUUUAUUAGAUGUAGCUUGUAUUGUGACCUUCGCUUGCUUGUUGAAGAAAAAACACCGUUUCUUUUUGGCAAAAGAAUACAGAUCCAACUAAUUUCAUUUUAUUUCUAAACUGGGAUGUUACUUAGACAGCUAAAUGCAAUCUGAAGAUGGCAAUUGUAAUGGAGUACUAGUGCUUUAUGGACCUGAACAAGUUGAAUUUAGCGAUGA